UGAGGAGCAGGAGGUGGAGGAAAGUGAAAGGUCAGAAAAGAAGAUGUUUCAGAUGUGACUUUGGAACACUAUGUUCCUGAAUCCUAUGGGAUGGGACCAUCAUGUCUGUGGUGUGUUGUGACUAGGAAGAUCCCAGGAUUUCAAGGACUCUCAAGAUUGAAAAGGCCGCUGAAGUGAAUUUAGGAAUCCUAUGAUUCUUGCCCCAGCCUUUGCUGGAACUCUCCCAGGAGUCCAGAGCUCAUUACCUUAAAGAGAAGCCUGUUUCAUCCUCAGCCUGCGGAGCCCAGGCCUCUUGGAGCAUCUUUGGGGCUGACGCAGAGGAACUUCCAGGCAUACGUGGCCACUCCUGCCAGGAGGCUGCCAUGCCCCACAUUCCUGAGGAUGAGGAGCCCCCCGGAGAGCCACAGGCAGCCCAGAGCCCUGCCAGCCAAGGCCCUCCCACUGCAGGAAUACGUUGCAGUCCACCCACCAUUGUCCUGAGUGGGGAUGUCAGUUCACUGGAAGGAGAAACUGACAAAAACCUGGCCAACAGAGCCCACAGUCCCCACAAGCGGAUUUCUCACCGACAUUUGAAGGUCUCCACUACUUCACUGACUUCUGUAGAUCCUUUGGGCCAUGUCAUUGACCUGGUAAAAGACCAGCUACCAGACAUCAGCAUCUCAGAGGAAGACAAGCAGAAAAACCUGGCGCUGCUGAAAGAAGCCAAGUCAGUGAGUGAGCGAUUCCUUACCCGCCGUGGGAGGAAGUCCAGGAGUGGCCCCGGAGACUCUCCAUCAGCUGUCUGCCCGAACCUCAGCCCCGGAUCUUCUGCAUCCUCUCAGAACAACUCACUUACCAUCCCUACACCACCCGGUUUGGAUGCAUGCAGUGGCCCACAGUCCUCUCUCCCUGGAGCCCCACCACAGCAGAAGGGGCAUGAGGCUGAAGUCCCUUCACUUCACCUUGGCGAGACUAAUGUCCCCAAAGGGCUAACUGACUGGAAACAGAAUGACCAGAGGAAAGUUUCUCAGGGCAGGUUGACUCCUCGGUCUGCCACAGUUGAGAAGUCCAAAGAGAUUUCAAUAGAACAAAAGGAAAACUUCGAUCCCCUUCAGAUCCCUGAGGCCACAUCCAAGGACCCAGCUUCUGGCACAAGCAGUGGUGGAAAAAUGGCCCUGAACAGCCCUCAACCAGGCCCUGCAGAGAAAGAGCUGGGGAAGCCACCUCUGAAGACAGGCAGGGAGGGCAACCCUUUGCCGAGAAGUCCAGACCUGGGCUCUGGAGGGGCGGCUCCCCCAGCCCCCCAGGGAAAAGGCACAGCUGGAGAAUCAACAGGGUCCAGGGUUGGCUCCAAAGCUGAGCUUUGGCCCCCUGUGGCCCGGCCGCCCCUGCUUCGGGGGGUCUCCUGGGACAGUGGCCCUGAAGAACCUGGCCCCCGGCUGCAGAAAGUGCUUGCCAAGUUGCCACUGGCAGAGGAAGAGAAGCGUUUUUCAGGCAAAGCUAGCAGCAAGUUGGCCAAGGCACCUGGACUCAAAGACUUUCAGAUACAGGUGCAGCCAGUGCGGAUGCAGAAACUGACCAAGCUCCGAGAGGAGCAUAUCCUGAUAAGAAAUCAGAACUUAGUGGGGCUCAAGCUUCCAGACCUCAGUGAAGCAGCUGAGCAGGAAAAAGGGCUCCCUUCUGAACUCACACCAGCUACUGAGGAAGAAGAGUCAAAAAGUGGCUUGGAUGUGAUGCCCAAUAUUUCUGAUGUGCUGCUGCGAAAACUGCGGGUUCACAAGUCUCUCCCUGGAAGUGCCCCUCCACUCACUGAAAAGGAAGUUGAGAACGUGUUUGUACAACUGUCCUUGGCCUUUAGAAAUGACAGUUAUACCCUGGAAUCUAGAAUUAACCAGGCUGAAAGGGAACGCAACCUGACAGAGGAGAACACAGAAAAGGAACUGGAAAACUUCAAAGCUUCCAUUACGUCCUCAGCUUCACUCUGGCACCACUGUGAGCACCGAGAGACCUACCAGAAGCUGCUGGAGGACAUUGCUGUCCUGCACCGCCUGUCUGCCCGCCUCUCCAGCCGAGCUGAGAUGGUUGGGGCUGUCCGCCAGGAGAAGCGCAUGUCAAAGGCAACAGAGGUGAUGAUGCAGUAUGUGGAGAAUCUGAAGAGGACAUAUGAGAAAGACCAUGCAGAGCUCAUGGAGUUUAAAAAACUUGCCAAUCAGAAUUCAAGUCGUACCUGUGGCCCCUCUGAAGACGGGGUCCCUCGCACAGUGCGGUCCAUGUCCCUCACUAUGGCAAAGAACAUGCCCCGCCGAAGGGUCAGCGUUGCUGUGGUUCCCAAAUUUAAUGCCCUGAACCUGCCCAGCCAGUCUCCCAGUGCAUCACCCAUUUCUUCCUUACCAGCCCUGUCGGAAUCACACAAUGGGAAAGGCAACCUACCUGCCACCUCUGCACUGCCUGAACUUUUGGAAAAUGGAAAGGCAAAUGGGGACCCAGAUUGUGAAGCUUCUGCUCCCAUGCCGACUUCAAGCUGCCUGGAGGAGAUUAGCCAGAAGACCAAGGCCAGGAUGGAGGAAGAAGCAUACAAUAAGGGAUACCAGGAAGGUCUAAAGAAGACCAAAGAGCUUCAAGACCUGAAGGAAGAGGAGGAAGAACGAAAGAGAGAGAAUCCUGAGGAGCCUGAAGAGACAGAACUUGAGGAAGAUGAAAAAGAUGAGAGAAGGAGCAAAUUUGAAGAAUUGGUUCAUUUCUUACAAGUCAUGUAUCCCAAACUGUGUCAGCACUGGCAAGUCAUCUGGAUGAUGGCCGCAGCGAUACUGGUCUUGACUGUUGUGCUGGGGCUCUACAAUUCCUAUAACUCUUGUGUGGAGCAAGCAGAUGGGCCCCUUGGGAGAUCCACUUGCUCAGCAGCCCAGAGGGACUCCUGGUGGAGCUCAGGACUCCAGCAUGAGCAGCCCACAGAGCAAUAGGAAAUCCAAUACCCAGCUGGUGCCCUCCUCCAGCACACAGCUGACUGCCCUUUUCCCAAGCAUAGUGUGUCAAGCCAGGCAUGGGCACACUACCACCUGCCCAUCAGGAAAUAAGCAGGGGUUCUUUCAUACUUGGCACCCCUGUGUGAGCUAUUCAUACACAGUAACUGAUGUUCUUGGAGGAUUAACAAAACUGCCCUGGGAAAGCAUCUGCUGGAUGAAGAAGUCACCUUCCCCAAGGAACUCUAAUGAAAGGGAAAGUCACCUGCCCCUAGCUCAGACGGCCAGGAGAAAUAAGACACCUUCACUGCUGGGACAGUAAGAAACACUCCUCUUUUUCCUCUCAGCAAUUGAAAAUCAGGAAGAAUUGUGCCCAAAGGCUAAUUCUGCCCCCAAGGAUCAGACCUGGAAUUUGGAGUUGCAACAUGAAUAUCUUCCCAUUUCCCAUCUCAUUCUCACUGACUCUCCUUCAGCCUCCCCCUCUCCCCUUUGGAAUCAAAGUUUCUCUUUAUAGAAGUAGUAAAGGUUUCUCAGAAAAAUAUUUAGGCUGAAUUUAGCUGAGUGAUUGAAAUGAAAUGGGAAGAUGUGAAUUAAUACAUAUGCGUCUAUACAUACACACAGCACACACACACAUACAUACACAGCACGCACAUGCAUGAAGCCAACACCCUCCAGAUGUGUGCACUGGGUGUAUGUUUUGGAUAAAACCAACCCACAGAUUUUCACUAGGUGGGCAGUCACCAGGCACCUGUUCAGUGAGCUCUCCACAUGAAUUUAAGAUGUUUGAAAAACACUGAAAACUCAUGGCUUCAAUGGCGACGUUGCUGGUCUCCAUUACAAGUGCUAAUUCUAAGCUGCUGUACAGCACAGUCUGUUCCCAGUUGUUCUCUCUGAUUGCGAUCAGUUAGCCAACCUGUCAGGUAAAGGAGGAGACACGGUGUGCUUUCAGUUCCUGUGUGCCCUCAUGCAAGGGCAUGGUGCACCUUAGUGCUGCAGUUCAAACGGAUCUCCAACCCAAGGAUAUGUCACAGAGCAUUCCCAAUCGUUUAGCAUAAAACUGAGGGAGAACAUCCCAUCUCUACUUUGACUCAUCCUUCCACCUUUAUUAACACUGCCUUCAGUCAUCCCUCAUCAGUUUUGGGGGCUGUUGUUUUCUGUGGGAGUUUUAUUACAGCUGUUUGCUUUUGUUCUUGUUUUGCUGUGGACAUUGUUGGCUCUUGUUGCUAAUACUCAUAUAGAAUUUAUUAUGAGUCAAACACUGUUCUAGAUAUUAUAUAGUUAUUAAUUCAUUUAGUGCUCGACAGAAAGGAAAAACUAUGAGGUAGGUACUACUCUUCCCAUUUUCAGAUAAGGAAACUGAAGCACCAAAAAACGUAAGUAAUUUGCCAAGGACACCCAGUUAAUAAAUCAUGGGGCUGGAACUGAAGCCCAGGCAGGCUGGCUACAGGACUGUGCACUAAAUUGCAUCUUCCAGUGGUCUCCAAACUGGACACCUUACAUUGCAGUCCCACUCCCCCAUGGCCUUCCAACCACUCCAAACCAUUUCUGAUACCUAGACUAAAUGGUUUUCUCUCAUAGCUCUGUUCCUCCACCACUAGUUUUUCUGCUGCUGCUCUCUUUUCUUCUGGUUACUCUUCAGGACCAAGUGCAAAAAUUCUCCUCUCCAUUCAGGCUUUGAUGACCUCCCUCAACUUCCCCCUACACCCCACAUCAUAGUUCACACCCUCCUCUGUGCUUUCUGACACUCUUCAUUAUAGAUCAUUAUGACAGUAUAUCACAAUAACUUAUUCUGUGCCUUCUGCCCUAGUAUUUUUUCCUCCAAAACAAGAACCAUGUGUUACCCAUUCUCUGGGUAAGUGCCUAGCAUGGUAGCUGAUACUUGGGAGGGUGUCAUUAAAUGUUGGUAAAAGAACAAGUGAGCAUUCAAUGUAGUGGAGAGCAGGCUGCGGACAGCUGCCAUUCUUCAUUCUUCCUAGUAUCAGCACCACUGCCAACACUAUUUCAAUGAAAAGAAUGUCUUUAUUAGCCUCAAUUUAUUCUCACAUUUUUCUUUCAGUCUACUCUAUGAGAGAGCAGAAAUGAGACCUAACCAGCAACACCAUUUCCAAGUUCAAUGGUGUAACAAUGAUGUAACCACUCUUUUCAGAAAGACCCUAGAAGGGGCCAUGCUGUAAAACAGCAUGUAAUUUUAAGGGGAGCAUCCCUUACAGUGGCUAGAAAACCACCAUGAGAGAGGACCAAGCAAGGGUUGACCAAGGAUGUGCCAUUAAGGUAAAGAGGUGCAGAUCAAGACACAGGGACUUUGGGAGCCUGGAUGGAUGGCUUGCCCUGCCUCUUCCAGGGGACCAGACACACUGAAAACUCUUUCAGGCCCUCAGAGCCAAAGGCAGGGUGAAAACGGAGCUCCAGAGUGCCUGUGGGGCAGGACUUUGUGCUGGCAAUGUCCAGUUUCAGCCUCCCUUAAAGAAGAACCAGGCUGAGCUGGCCCACUAUCCACUUGGCCACAGGGUUCCACCUUUGUUUCCAGUUGAGACAAAGGCCAGAAGAGCAGCUCUAGUGAGCUCCUGAACCUCCAGCUGCUCUGCAGAAAGGCCUGCAAAAGUACUUCCAGACAGGCCCUCACCCAAACUACUCUGUAAGUAAAGGAGAUUGAAGAAAAGAAGGAGCAUAAGAGUAAUCACUCUUCCAAGGGCAUUCCUGGAAAAGUAUUCAUCAGCAUUUCUCUUCUGAAAAGCAAAGAUUGACCUGAAGCAGUCAGAACUGUGGCCAAAGAAGCAGAGAAAUGGUGAGAAACAGGGCCUGUAUUUCCAACAGUGAUAUUGAUCUAAAAUAAAGGCUCCCUUAAAAUGUC